GUUUAGUUAGUAAAAGCAAGUCACAGUCAUGAGCUUUUUCUUCAUUUGUGGCUCCGCGCGUCUUCAUUCAACGAGCGCUUGCUUUCAGACCUACGUCAAACAACUGGCCGGCUCUGUAGGGUCGGCACCAUUCAGCUCAUUCUUGUUAGCGUCCCCUUGCCCUGUAGAGGCGAGCGACGCAGCGCACCUGGUUCCACUUGAACCAUUCGUUGAAGACACAUUUAUCGGGAUAUCUUCACGACCCCGAGUGUUUCCGGAAAAGGGACCCAGGGACAUCGGCGAGUGUUUCCAGGCCGCUCAAACAAUUACGAACUGUUCUGCGUUCAUGCCAUUGCUCCCCCCUGUUUCGGAAGAAGGCCGCGCUUCAUUCAUCAGCAUUGCUUCUGGUCAGUGAUUACCAGGAAUCUUCCACGCCCAACCUGUUUCCCAAGCGGGCUGGAUCCUGUGGCUGUGGGCGGAUGGUGUUGCUUCGUUUGGCGACCAAAUGACGCAGUAUAACGUUGCCAACGACUUAUUUUGGCAUGGAUACCAUCCACAGAAGGAUCAUCAAGUCCAAAUCUCUUAUUCUGCGGGAAAGUGUCUGCAUCAAUGAACAGUUUCUGGUCUUCCUGGCUGCUGAGUCUAUAGCCAAAGAAGGGGAUAUCGAGUACAUCAAGUACGUCGGAGACGGAAAUAGGCACAGAAAUGGACCAGAAAAGGUGGACAAGACUCUCGAGGUCGUCUGUCGCGGAGGCAAGACUGCCUUCUACGUGUUAUGCUGUGCAUUGGAGGCGACAGGUUUGUCCUACAAUAUCCAGGCAGCCGAGUUACUGAGAGCCGAAUCUGAAGCCUGGACUUGUGAGAAUGUGGCGGAUGACGAUGUGGAGGAUAACUGUGAUGAGAUGGACCGGCACAUGCAUCGUGUCAGACGUUUCCAUCGACAGGAGCUGCUCGUUCGGGCUCGUGCCAUGGACACGGAGAAUGGCGCAGUGCACGAACACCAGCAAUCUGGAUUAUGCACAUCACGGCGAAAAGAGCGGAUGAACAUACCUGUUCCGAAACCGUCCAAAAAGAAUGUUAUCAACACAAUGCGUAGGGUUCAGCAAGAAAAGCUGGGAAUACUUCAAUCGGAGAUUGACCGCAUGGGUUGCCUAGCUGACCUAGCAAGGAACGGUUUGUCCGACGUCACAAACCACAGUAUUCAUCAUGACUCCGAUAGGGAUGAGGCUGCCGAGGAUGAAGACCGACCAGAACAGCAAAGUGUUUCAGAUAGCAAACAAGAUGCCAGGCAUGCGAGUCGCACGAUGCCCUGUCUUCUCGGCAUGUCGUGCACCGGCCAACGAGACGACAUGGUCGAGGAGGAGGCUGAGCAGGUCCUGGCCUACCUGAAGUGGGCAGGUGCGGUGAGCAAGAACGCCCGUGUUCGCAAGCACCAGUGUGUCAUGCCUGUAACCGUGGUAACCCUGGAGGAUACUGACGGCACGCUGAAGACAUUUGAUGGACAAGGAUCCGUGCUUGUCAAGCUCCUUGCCGACUUUCACUACAAAAGCAAAAGUGGCCAUCGGAAACUAGUCGAUCUCUUUGUCUCCGAGCUGGAGGAUGCUCUCGGCGGCUGUCCGCUGAACCUGCAGGGCUUUCACGAGCUAGCAGACAAGACGGUCUUGUUCGUGCAGAUGCCUGGUGAUACGCUACAGCAGCUGUACGACUUGCUCGUCCACAACCCUGGCCGCCUGAGCAGCAAGACCAUCCUUCAAGUGUCCACGGUUGACGGCGCUACAGUCCUGAGCACCGAGACCACCACACCGACAAGCAGCAGUACAGCUCAUUCAGAGACGUCAUGUGAAGACGAGGAGCAGAUUGGAGAGAUUCUAGCAAAGGUGAAGGAAUCAGCGGACGUACACAUUGAGAAGAUCGAGCAGACGAUUCGGCGUGGAGCAUCAUUAAACGAAGUCGUUCAGGAGCUGUACACAAUGUGUGACGACGAAGAUACCAGCCCAUCAGCUAUCAGUGCCAUCCACAGUGCAACUGAGAGUACAAUAAGAACAGGAGAAAGGUAUGAACAGCUCAACAGCCUGUUUACAACCAGUGGCACUUGGAGGAGGCGUCCGCACCGUGAUGAAAUGAACAAGCGCACUAUGUCAUCGGCUGUGGGUAUUGAUUCGGCAGCAGCUGAAGAUGGCCUGUCAACGGUGGGUAUCGAUCCAGCAGCAGCUGAAGACGGCUUGUCAACGCAGGCAUCGGACCCCUCACCAAGUGAAAGUGAUGCUUUCGCGAACAUGACCGCAACAAUGGAUGCGCAUGGCCGCGAUGCUCCUGCCAAAACGAAAGACCCUGCCGUAAUCAGUCCAGAUGGUGACAGCCUGCCUGCUCGUGACACAACAGAAGAAUCUCCGCCAGGUUCGGUCUCUCCUAGGCACGCUGUGUCUCCAACCCUGGAUACCGAAGGGGACAACCUCAGCGUAUCAAGCGAUGCCAGCACAGGAAACAGCAGACCAUCUUCGCCCUCGGCCUCGCAAUCCUCCGUCACCAGUGAAAACUCCUGCUGUGCGCCAACGGAAGCGCAAAAUGAGGAUGAAAAGGAUGAUGUAGCAGCGUGCAGCGUAGGGGAAUCUUCUGAACAUCUCUACGCCAAGGUGAGCGAGAGCCCUGAGGUCUCCUCUGAACCCGAAUCAGACCUGGACUCCUCUAAUACCGCACCUUCAGUUCUUGUUGUUGCAUCGUCGGAGAAAGACAAGCCGAGUGAACCGAUGGUGCAAGGAGUUGAGCUGGAAGCCGGCACGGAUGUUCUGUAUGAUACUGCGGUGGAAACUGGCAUGCGAAGCCGCGGCGUGGCUAUUCGAACCAGGGUGCGAAAGAGACAGAACACGGCAAGAUUGCAGGAGAGAUCGGAGAAGGGCUUAAUUGAAUCGGACAAGGUGGACAUGAGUGUUAAACUUGAGAACCAGCUUUGGUACCAUGGAUGCAUGAGUCGCAAAUCAGCCAACGAGAAACUUGCCGAAGUCAGUCUUGGGCAUUUCCUGGUCCGAGACAGCAAUAGCUAUGAGGACACAUACGUCCUUUCAGUGAAGGCUGGCGAUCACCCAGUGCACCUCACAAUUAGCUGGGAUAGACAGCAUUGCGGCUUUGGCUUGCGCGACGGCAAAAACUAUUACAAAGCGGUGCCAGAGCUCAUCGCUGCCUAUUUCAGUCGGCCGGUUCCUAAUCAAAGAGAUGCAGUGCCAACAACGCUGAUUUUUGGCAUUCGACGAGUAAGAGAGGCCACGCUGACGAGAUCAGGGAAUCGACCUCGCUCUGCCAUCAAUCCUCUGGAAUCCUCAUACAAUGAUUUGGAUGAGCAAUCUAGUGUGCAAGAUGGUGAUACUCAUGAGUAUAGUGCAGCAGAGGGAUACCUGCCUCUGAAAACAAGACCGAAUCGGCGCUCCAAGGAGUUUUUCAAAAGCUGCAUCAUUGAUGAGGACCUACCACUGAAAGAUCAGUUUUGGUUUUAUGAAGAUCUCACACGUGAACAGGCAGAACAGAGGUUGGACUGGGCCGGUGGAAAUGGCUUCUUCCUCGUACGCAAGAGCAAGACACCGGGCGUGGAGUGUGUCCUUUCGUUUGUGACGGAAAAGGGCCCGUAUCACACUCAGAUCCUGUUUCGCGACGGAGCCUACUGUCUGGAAGGCGGUAACCAGCCAUUCGCCAGCAUCGUGUGCCUGAUCUCUCUCAGCACCAAGUAUGACCUGCUGUCCCCGAUCACCAAGCAUCCAGCGAUCCUCGGGCACGGCGUCCCCAGGGACGAUUAUCUUGCAUCCCAGGCAUCGUCAAUUGACACCGAGGAAGAUGGAGCCCGUGAAGCCACUGCGGGGCAGGAGAACAGCUAUGAAAGCCCUUAUGACGUCAUGAAACAACGCUCUCGCAGGUACAUCAAGGCUUGGUCAAGGACAGUGCGGAAGCCGUGUCGGCUGAACAGCGGACAACUGCAGUCGGUCACAGAGCAAAAGGCACAUCAAAACCCAGGGAGUGCGGGUGGAUUGCACUGUCCUACAGAGGGAAGCAUGGACAAGAACAGGAAGCUGGAAGAACAAGUAUGGUUCCAUGGUCAACUGAACAGAGCGCAGGUCAACGCAUUGCUACAGGAUGCUGUAGAAGGCAGCUAUCUGGUGCGACACAGCGAGCGUACGCCUGGAGACUACACCCUCUGUGUGAGAGGAAGUCUCCCACAUGCAAAGUACAUCAAGAUCAGCAGAGAGUCACCUUCAUCGAAGUUCCUCCUGGGCAACAGUGGCCCCAAGUUUCCCUCCAUUCAAGACCUGCUGGAUCACUACUCUAACAACGACAUACCCGUGGACGAUGGGGAGAAGAUUCGCCUUACCAACGCCGUCGAACGCGAGCUCCUUUACGACUACGUGCUAGUUAAUCCGUGCGAGUCUCAGCCAACGCUUGCACAACCACUGGUGGACGCAGUGGCCAAAGUUCCGCACCAGUACGAACUCCCCAUAUCCUGGCGUGUGCCAAACAGGAGCGGCCUGGUCCAGCUGGAUGAAAAGAGCGAAGAGUUUGCAUGGGUGAUGGCUCGCUUUGAUGCAACUCUCUUGGCCAAGUCACACAGGAUAGAUAGUGUGGAACGCAUUGAUAAUGUACCCCUGUAUCAGUACUUCAAGCAGCGCUCUGUGAAUCUUGCCAACCGAUCUCCCAGCGUUGAGGUCCGCACCAAGAACCUAUGGUGGUCCACUGGAAGUCGUGAUGAGGCACAAAGAGUGUGUGAUGUAGGCUGGCUGAGCAAGGAACUACUAGACUUGAACAGAUUACACGCUGUACACUACGGAGCGGGUUUUACCUUCAUGGUGGAUUUUAAUAGUGUUCUGGCUGCAGUUCGUGGACAGCAGUUUGUAAUCCUCACAAAGGUUGCCAUCAGCGAUGUUGCUGAAAGAUCCUGCACAGGUCCCAGUCCAGGAAGCGGAACAAGAGCGAACAGCACACCUCUCAAACGAGAAAGUGGAACAAGUGAAGACGGCGCACCUCUCACGCAAGGCCCUUGUCGCCGCCCGGUGCCAUUGGAAAGUUUGACGCCAACACAGGGCACACGCUUUGCCAGCGCCAUCGUGGACUCCGUAGCUAGCCCAUCUCAGUUCACCGUGCACGUCCCCUCUCAGUGCUACCCAUCCUUCAUGAUUACCCUCAGCUCCGUACGACGCUGAGAAUCAACGCUUGUGUCGUCACGGUGAGUUGCUACGGUAAACAUGGUGCCUUGGAAGAUGUAUAUCUACAGUAGACAUAGUGCGCUACAAGAUAUCUGUAGGAAACAUGGUGACAUGCAAGAUGUAUAUCUGUGUGAAACAUGGUCUCCUGCCAGGUGUAAGAGUAUAACUGUGUAAAACAUGGCACCCUGCAUAUCUGUGGGAAAUAUAGUGUCCUACAAGAUGUGCUAUUCCAUCUUGAUUUAUAAUAUUUUUCAAUAUUAAUAUUUGUCAGGAACCGACAGCUGCUAUGGAGUACAUGAUGUAGCUUGAUCCCUGUGAAUGCAAUCAUGUGACUAUUGAUCAAUUAAAACCUUUCUUGACUAGAACUGCAUUUUAAUAGCAUUUGCUCUUGACUUUCUUCUUUAAUUUACUUGAGCCCUUUGAAGCUAUUGAAUUUUGCAGAAGAAUACAGCUUAUUUUAUACAU